CACAUUCUCUAUCUCUCUAACUUAGAAACACAAAAUGCAAUACAGAACCGAAACUCGUAGCUCGUUCUCGUCCUACAACAAGGUGAACAACAUGGGAGUGUUUCCUUCGGAUACUUUGGCCAGGGUAGAGUCUAUGGCGGGAGAAAAUGCGGUGGUUAUAUUCAGCGUGAGCACUUGCUGCAUGUGCCACGCCGUCAAGGGUCUCUUCCGCGGAAUGGGAGUCAGCCCCGCCGUCCACGAGCUGGACCUCCACCCUUACGGCGUCGAUAUCCACCGAGCUCUCCUUCGUCUCCUCGGCUGUUCCAGCGGCGCUUCCACUUCUCCGGGGGGACUUCCAGUGGUAUUCAUCGGUGGGAAGAUGGUGGGGUCAAUGGAGAGAGUGAUGGCUUCUCAUAUCAACGGCUCCCUCGUCCCUCUUCUCAAAGAUGCUGGUGCUCUUUGGCUCUAAUCCCAAAGUCCACCUUCUACGUUUUUUUUUCUCUUUUCUC